GAUUAAUUAUCCUUCAUUUGAGCCCAACAGCCUCCUCAGAUGUAUAUAAAGGUCUUUAGUUCCCUUCCUUCUUCCUCCAACUGUCAGUGUUUCUCCUUAACGCUCACUUUUCUCUUCACCCAGCUCUCUCACCAUGAACAGACAAGUCUACAAGACAUCUGGUGGCGGGAGCCAGGGCUUCUCUGGCCGCUCCGCUGUGGUCUCUGGCAGCAGCAGGAUGAGCUGUGUGGCCCGCUCUGGGGGAGCGAGUGGAGGGGCCUCUGGGUUCCGGGGUGGACCAGGUGGCUUUGGCAGCAGCAGCCUCUACAACCUGGGUGGCAACAAGAGUAUCUCCAUCAGUGUGGCAGCUGGUGGCUCCCGGACAGGCGGCUUUGGUGGAGGACGUAGUAUCUGUGGUGGUGGCUAUGGAGGUGGCCUUGGGGGUGGCUAUGGAGGUGGCUUUGGUGGUGGCUUUGGUGGAGGCAGAGGAGUAGGAGGUGGCUUUGGAGGAGCUGGUGGCUUUGGAGGUGCUGGUGGCUUUGGAGGUGCUGGUGGCUUUGGUGGUCCUGGCAGCUUUGGUGGUCCUGGUGGCUUUGGUCCUGGCGGCUUCCCUGGAGGAAUCCAGGAAGUGACUGUCAACCAGAGCCUCCUGCAGCCCCUCAAUGUGGAAAUUGACCCCCAGAUUGGGCAAGUGAAGGCCCAGGAGCGGGAGCAGAUCAAGACUCUGAACAACAAGUUUGCCUCCUUCAUAGACAAGGUGCGGUUCCUGGAGCAACAGAACAAGGUCUUAGAGACCAAGUGGAGCCUCCUCCAGCAGCAGGGCACAAAUUCCAUUGCGGGCACCAACAACCUUGAGCCCCUUUUUGAGAACCAUAUCAACUCCCUGCGGAGCUACCUCGAUAGCAUCCUUGGGGAGAGAGGACGCUUAGACUCAGAGCUGAGGAGCAUGCAGGACUUGGUGGAGGACUUCAAGAGGAAAUAUGAGGAUGAAAUUAAUAAACGUACAGCUGCUGAAAAUGAAUUUGUAACCCUGAAGAAGGAUGUGGAUGCCGCUUACAUGAAUAAGGUGGAGCUUCAGGCCAAGGUGGAUGCUCUCAUGGAUGAGACCAGCUUCCUGAGGAGCAUUUAUGACGCGGAGCUGUCCCAGAUGCAGAGCCAUGUCAGUGACACUUCUGUGGUGCUGUCCAUGGACAACAACCGCUCUCUGGACCUGGACAGCAUAAUCGCUGAGGUCAAGGCCCAGUAUGAGGACAUCGCUCAAAGAAGCAAGGCUGAGGCCGAGGCCCUAUACCAGACCAAGUUGGGAGAGUUGCAGACCACGGCUGGCAGACAUGGUGAUGACCUGAGGAGCACCAAGAGUGAGAUCAUGGAGCUCAACAGGAUGAUCCAGAGGCUGCGGGCAGAGAUUGAGAAUGUCAAGAAGCAGAACGCUAACCUCCAGGCAGCCAUUGUGGAAGCUGAGCAGCGUGGGGAGCUGGCCCUCAAGGACGCCAAUGCCAAGCUCCAAGACCUGCAGGCUGCCCUACAGCAGGCCAAGGAUGACCUGGCCCGGCUGCUGCGUGACUACCAGGAGCUCAUGAAUGUCAAGCUGGCUCUGGAUGUGGAGAUUGCCACCUACCGAAAGCUGCUGGAAGGCGAGGAGUGCAGGAUGUCUGGAGAGUGUCAGAGUGCUGUGAGCAUCUCCGUGGUCAGCAGCAGCAGCACGACUUCAGCCUCAGCUGGUGGCUACGGAGGCGGCCUUGGCGGCGGCUUUGGUGUAGGAGGUGGCGCAGGCAGCGGCUUUGGCCGUGGAGGCGGCAGUGGAUUCGGGGGCGGCAGUGGUUUUGGAGGCGGCAGCGGCUUUGGCUCCGGCUCUGGCUCCGGGGGUCGCUGCGGGGUCAGUGGCGGAGGCUUCAGCUCGGGCAGCAACCGGGGAGGCAGCAUCAAGUUCUCCUCAUCCUCCCAGCGCUGCUCCAGAUAA